AUGGAACAUUCCAACACAUCCGGUCACCAAACCCGACGCAUCUUGCUGAAUUCCUUUUCUGACCUAUCCAUGUCAUUCCAUCCAACACAAUUGAAUCCCCGACCCUCAUACUUCGACAUCGCCCGCGCUUCACUUUCCAAAAGCUCGUGCACCCUCAUCACCUGCAUCAAAUACUUUCCCACUGUCGCCCGUGGGAAUAACCUUCCCUUGAAGCCAAAUACUCGCGCAUCCGAAUCACACCAUCACGUUUCACGAAAGUAUCAACAUCCACCCGCCACAUCCCAGUCUUCCAUCGCAUAUACAUCGCAAUGCAAACCCUCCAGUUAUAAUCGCUCCGCUAUCCGACAUCGCCGCCCGUAA